AUGAAUCCCGCGCGUGCACUCGAGCUACUCCUGCUCAAACUACUAGCACUUGGAGCGGUGUUGGGCUAUCUCCUAUCGGUUUUUCGACCUCCUAUAGCACCAGACUUUGUACUAGCUCGACCGUACGCAAGCUCCAUCGCCGUAUCUUUCGUCGCUCUUGUCGUCGACAAGUUCAUCAUAUAUCCACGCUUCCGAGACCCGCUCAGGAAUGUUCCUACUAUCACAGGAGAACGUAACCGUGGCCAGAUACUCUAUGAGUCCCCACGCGGAAAGUCUGCCUUGCGAUGGAUGGAGAUGGAACCCGAUGCACAGCUACUCAAGAUGCCUGGGUUGAUCGGCCUCUCACCAAUCCUGGUGGCAGGACCAGACGCCCUUCGUGACAUCCUGAACACCAACUCCUACGACUUCCAGAAGCCAUGGGGUGUGCGUGCGUUCUUGGCACGAGCGAUCGGCUGGGGUCUCAUCGUGAGCGAGGGGGCCGAGCACAAGCAUCAGAAGAAGAUCUUGACUCCCGCAUUCCAUGUUCGCAGGAUACGAGAGCUGUAUAACCUGAUGUGGGAGAAGACAGAUAUCUUGCUAGAAGAGCUGGAGAAGGAUGUUGCAAAGAAUCCCGAUGGAGACGAUGGGCUUGGCGUCAUCGAGCUGAGCGAGUGGGCAAGUAAACUCACGCUAGACAUCAUCGGCCCUACCGCAAUGGGACGGGAUUUCAAGUCGUUGACGGCAGAACGGAACGAUGUGGCAGACGCUUUCAUUGAACUGCUUCGGCCCGAGUUCAGCCGUCUCGUCUUCUUGGGCAUGCAUUUCAUGAUCCCCGAGUGGCUCAUCCGAGUGCUGCCAUUCAAGGAGAACAAAGUCCUGAACGAAAUCGGCACCUUCCUUCGCGGGGUCUGCAGAGACAUCAUUAAGCAGAAAAAGUUUGAGCUGCAAGAGGGCGGUGACCUGUCCGAGCACGAUAUCUUGUCCAGGAUUAUUCAGACCGGUGACUUCACCGACGCUGAGGUUGGCGACCAGAUGCUCACGUUCUUGGCUGCAGGGCAUGAGACAACGGCCAGCGCCCUUACGUGGACCUGUUACCUCUGUGCCAAAUACCCCGAGAUCCAGAGGAAGCUCAGGGCCGAGAUCCACGAGGCAAUCCCGGCCCACGACGCGGCAAUCACGUCGGACCUGCUGGAAGGCAUGCCCUACCUGAAUGGUGUCUGCGAGGAGACCCUCAGGCUUUAUCCCGUAGCGCCGGCCACCGUCCGCGAAUCCAUCAAUGAAACCACCGUGGCGGGCUACCAUGUCCCCAGGGGCACCGACUUCUUGCUCGUCCCCUACGCCAUCAACAGGCACUCCAACUUCUGGGAGAACCCACACAUGAUCGUCCCGGAGCGGUGGAUCGACAAGGCCGACGACGGCACGCUGCGGCCCAACAAGACGGGCGGCACGUCCACCAACUUCGCCGAGCUGACUUUUCUCCACGGGCCAAGGGCGUGCAUAGGCCGUGACUUUGCCAAGGCCGAGCUGAGGUGCGCUGUCGCGGGUGUUAUUGGCAAGUUUGAGAUUGAGCUGCACUCCAAGGAGGAGCCGCGUGUGCAGGGCGUUAUCACGAUGAAGCCCGAGGGCGGCAUGUAUCUGCGAUUCAAGCCUAUUGCCGGCUGGUGA